AUGUCUUCUAUGACAUUCAGCCAGAAAAAAUUCACACCAACACCACCUGACAAGGGGAGCUUCCCACUGGAUCACGAGGGUUUGUGCAAGAAGUCCAUGCUGAGGUAUAUGAAUUGUCUGCACGAGAAGACAGAUUCCAACGCAGAGUGCAGAUCUUUCGCCCGGGAUUACCUGGAGUGUCGGAUGCAGAAUAAUUUGAUGGCAAGAGAGGAGUGGACAAAGUUGGGAUUUGACGAAGAAUCAAAAGAAGCGCAGAAGGAGAACUAGGAGAGAGCGAUGGAGAGAUCUUCCCGGAUUCUUGUGGGAUGCACCGGAAGUGUGGCAACGAUAAAACUCCCCCAACUUGUACAGAAACUCACAGAAGCCAUCCCCGGUGUGGAGAUUCAAGUAGUUGUCACGGAAGCAGCAAAGAAUUUCUUUUCUCCUCAAGAUCUUGGCCAGGAUGUCCGUUUGCACACAGAUGCCGAUGAAUGGGCUGCAUGGAAGCAACGUGGAGACCCUGUGUUACACAUAGAGCUGGCAAAAUGGGCAGAUCUCAUCAUUCUUGCGCCCCUGGAUGCAAACACAUUGGCAAAGAUUGCUUCCGGAUUGUGUGACAAUCUUCUGCUUUGCAUCCUCCGGGCAUGGGAUGCCGGAAAACCAUUCCUCUUCUGUCCAGCCAUGAAUACAAAGAUGUGGCAGCACCCUGUAACAGCGCAGCACAUUGCCCAGCUCAAAGCAUGGGGCUACCAUGAAAUUCCCUGCAUUGAGAAGACUCUCAUGUGUGGGGAUAAAGGCCCCGGAGCAAUGGCAGAAGUGGACACCAUUGUCCAUUGUAUCCGGCAGCAUUUAAACAAAGACAAUUAACGGAUUCCGGGAGAAGAUUUUUCAGCAGAAAGGGAAUUUUUUGUAGAAAAUUUGAAUAAAAGAUUCGUUUUUUAGAGA